CAGUCCCCAGUACCGAACGAAUUCACCGGCUUGAAACAACCGUUCGCUAAAGUUAAAGUUUAUCCUGUCACAUAAAGUGCGAUCAGAAAUACUACGUAAUUUUCAAAGUAGGUCUAUUCGUUUAAAAAGUUCGUUGUGUCAAAAUGUGCACAGUUUUAGGUAAUUUUUGUUGUUAAUUUGUCAAAAUAUGUUGAAAUAAGAAAAAAAAACACAUUAUGUUUGAAUUCGACAACGACACGACCAUUACCGUUGUGGAAGAGGUUGACGGCCGAUUAUGUGUACUCGUUCGAAGAAAAUACCCAUCGCUUCGGAAUUAUUAACGUCAAAGCUAUUCAGAACAUGUGGGGGUGGAACAGCGUCAUGCCAAUGGAUACUAAACAACAGAUAAAACCUUUCUGCGCUGGGAUCCUUUAUUUUUGUUCACGAUCUAACGAUGCGUGACGACCAAGGUUGCAGUUGACAUGGAUGGUGAGAAUAGGAUCAUACUAAACGUCGGUGGUAUCCGUUACGAGACCUACAAAGCCACAUUGAAGAAAAUACCAGCUACGAGGCUUAGCAGACUCACCGAAGCUUUAGCCAAUUACGACCCUGUGCUCAACGAGUAUUUUUUUGAUAGGCAUCCAGGCGUGUUUGCCCAAGUACUCAAUUACUAUAGGACGGGGAAACUUCAUUAUCCAACAAACGUUUGCGGGCCGCUUUUCGAGGACGAACUGGAGUUUUGGGGACUUGACUCAAAUCAGGUAGAGCCCUGUUGCUGGUCUACUUACAGCAUCCACAGAGACACUCAGGCCACUCUUGCAAUUCUCGACAAGCUGGAUAUCGACUCCGAGAAACCAAACGAGGAGGAAGUUGCCAGAAUGUUUGGUUACGAGGAAGAAUACUUGGCUGGAACUCUGAACCUUUGGCAGAGGACCAAGCCAAAACUAUGGGCGCUCUUCAACGAACCGCAUUCUUCGUUAUCGGCCAAGGUGGUCGCAGUCAUAUCCGUGUUUUUUAUAUGUGUGUCUGUACUGUCGUUUGCAUUGAAAACUCAUCCUGACUUACGAGUGGCCACACUGAGAAACGUAACCGUACCCAAGGAUCGGCCACCGGCCCCGGGUGAGGAUCCUCCCAUGGAAUGGGUACUCAGCAAGGACCGGACUGAUCCUCACGAGGCUUUUUUCUAUGUAGAACUUGUUUGUAACGUUUGGUUUACAUUCGAACUGCUCGCUAGAUCUAUCGUAACCCCUAACCUUGUGCACUUUGCCAAGUCCCCGGUCAACAUCAUCGACUUCGUGGCUACACUCAGUUUCUACACGGACACCAUGCUGCAAAGCACACUUGCCCACCGUUUCGACAACACCGAAAUAUUAGAAUUUUUUUCUAUAAUUCGUAUCCUGAGGUUGUUCAAACUAACCAGACACUCACCUGGGCUGAAAAUACUCAUACACACGUUCAAAGCGUCCGCCAAGGAGCUGACGCUGCUCGUCUUCUUCUUGGUGUUAGGUAUCGUCGUUUUCGCCAGCCUGGUGUACUACGCCGAACGGUUGCAGGCCAAUCCACAGAACGACUUCAAGAGCAUACCAGAAGGAUUGUGGUGGGCGAUCGUGACCAUGACCACGGUUGGAUACGGGGACAUGGCGCCCAAGACGUACAUGGGCAUGUUUGUCGGUGCGCUCUGCGCCUUGGCCGGUGUGCUGACCAUCGCGCUCCCCGUCCCUGUAAUCGUGUCGAACUUUUCCAUGUUUUAUUCUCACACACAGGCUCGUUCAAAGUUACCCAAAAAAAGGAGAAGAGUACUCCCUGUAGAACAGCCUCGACCAAAACGUUGUGACGCUGUCUGUGCAGGUGUCAUGGGUGCUGCUGGGUUGAUUGGAAAUCGUAGAAUGGUCGCCGCCCCUACACCCGGAGCGAUACUCAAAGAUACUUUCGUAAAUCCAAAAUUAGGCAACAUUAACGGGAUGAACGUGCUGAGUCUCGCAUUCCAAGCACCACAAAUACCGGGCAUAUCUGCGCCAUCGUUUUUGCCAUACAAUUCGCCCCAAAGACACUCGCAGGGUUCGCAAGAUACAUUUUCCGGAAACGUACUCAACGGCCGUGGCGGCGUUGUGGCCCCUGCUCCACUCCAACCAAGGGCGGCGACGAUCGAAUCCGUAUUCCUCCCUUUACAGCCGAGUUUGUUGGUGUCCUUGGGCGAGGACUCAAGGCCUCAGGACAUUAUAAUGCAGAGGACGUCUUCGUUGCCGAACUCAUCUGGAAACGAUUCGGUCAACCCGUCGUCUUCAUGAACAUUUUGCUCACGUUAGAUUGUUUUUUAUUUUUAGACUCGUUUGCAAUGUUUACAUUGGCCCAACGCCAUCUAGUGUCGAAAUAACGGCGGUGAUCGGUACCAGUAAACCGAAUUCGUUCGCAACACAGAUAGCGGUUACUCACUCACAAACGCUAUGUUAUUAUUAUACUACUGUUCAAAACAGGCUGAAUAUUUUUCGUACAUCUUACUUUAUUCUAAAAAUAAUAUUGAUAUUGAACGAACAGGCGAAGCUUGAGUUAAAUAUAGUUCAUCUUUACUUUUGGAUGCAUCGAAGUGUGUCAAUCCAAAUUUCGAUGGUCGUCGAUUGGGUGAAGUUAUUUUUGUGUGCGGUAACCGAUAUAGUCAUAUUUUCUGGAUAAACACUCUGGAACAAAAAUUAGUUAUGUACCCAUGUAUGUUUAUCAUGAUUCUAAGUCUUUGAAAUUAAAUAAAAAAACAAUUAAUACACGUGUGUAAUUUAAUUUUAGCCCAAAAAUCAAUCGCACGUGACAAACAUUAUUUUAAAGAACGUAUAUUGUAUAAAUGUUUUUCUUUUUGUUAUAUUUUACGAAAAACCCAUCACCGUGGUCCACUAUAUGAAAUCUGUUCAAUCUUUAAUAAUAUAAUCUAUUAAUAACAUUUUAAUAAUAUAUAUUGUACGUUACCACGCUUAAAUAUUGUAUACCGUUGUCCAACACUAUGUUAAUUUUACCCUUUUAUAAAUAUUUUAUUGUGUUUAAUACAUUUUCAUUAUUCUGUGAUAUUUUGUU